GCCGUUUCGCAUCUGAUCCUUUUUGGUCCAGGCCGCGCGCUGUCCAGGGUUCCGUGCGUUGCCAUAGAAACCGUGAGCGCUGAGGGGCUAGCGGCGAAGAGGUGGGGCUACGUGGGACUCGAGCGUUAUGUCUUUCCGCGACCUCCGCAAUUUUACAGAGAUGAUGAGAGCCUUGGGAUACCCUCGACAUAUUUCUAUGGAAAAUUUCCGCACACCAAAUUUUGGACUUGUAUCUGAAGUGCUUCUCUGGCUUGUGAAAAGGUAUGAACCUCAGACUGACAUCCCUUCUGAUGUUGAGACUGAACAAGACCGAGUUUUCUUCAUUAAGGCGAUUGCCCAGUUCAUGGCCACCAAGGCACAUAUAAAACUCAAUACUAAGAAGCUUUAUCAAGCAGAUGGGUAUGCAGUGAAAGAACUAUUGAAGAUCACCUCCGUCCUUUAUAAUGCUAUGAAGACCAAAGGGAUGGAGGGCUCUGAAAUAGGAGAGGAAGAUAUCAGCAAAUUCAAGUUUGAUCUUGGCUCAAAGAUUGCAGAUUUGAAAGCAGCCAGGCAGCUUGCUUCUGAAAUCACCUCCAAAGGAGCAUCUCUGUAUGACUUGCUGGGCAAGGAGGUAGAGUUGAGGGAACUGAGAACAGAAGCAAUUGCCAGACCUCUGGAAAUAAACGAGACUGAAAAAGUGAUGAGAAUUGCAAUAAAAGAUAUUUUGGCACAGGUUCAGAAGACUAAAGACCUGCUCAAUAAUGUGGCCUCUGAUGAAGCUAAUUUAGAAGCUAAAAUUGAAAAGAGGAAAUUAGAACUGGAAAGAAAUCAGAAGCGACUCCAGACUCUGCAGAGUGUCAGGCCAGCCUUUAUGGAUGAAUAUGAGAAGAUUGAGGAAGAACUGCAAAAGCAGUAUGACAUUUAUCUAGAGAAAUUUCGAAAUCUUGCUUAUCUGGAACAACAGCUAGAGGAUCAUCAUAGGAUGGAGCAAGAGAGGUUUGAGGAAGCUGAAAAUACUCUCCGUCUGAUGCAGAACAAGCUAAAGGAAGAAGAAAAGCGACUGCUCAAGAGUGGAAGUCAGCCAGCAGAGCCAGAAGCAGUCCUAAGUGAUAAGCCUGCAUGGAGUUUAUUCCUUCCCAAGAGGCCUGGCACAGGUAACGAUGACUCGGACAUUGACAUCCAGGAAGAUGAUGAAUCUGACAGUGAACUGGAAGAGAGACAGCUGUCCAAGCCACGGACAGCCAUGGAGGUGCUCAUGCAAGGAAGACCCAGCAAACGCAUCGUGGGCACAAUGCAAGGUGGAGACUCUGAUGACAACAUGGAAGCAGCACCAGCUUUCUUAGGUAAAUGCAAGACUUCCAGCUCCAAGAAGCAGGAAGACUCAGAGGACAGUGAAAUUGACAUGGAAGAUGAUGAAGACGAUGAUGAUGAUUUGGAAGAUGAGAGCAUCGCUCUCUCACCAGCUAAGCCCAGUCGAAGGGUUCGGAAACCUGAGCCCCUGGAUGAGAGUGACAAUGACUUCUGAAGUUCUUGCUAAGGGACCCACCCAGGCAGAUUAAAAUGCUCAGAUUUGUAGGUAACUGGGAAAUUAGAAGGUUAGAAAGGGAACAUAUAUUCUGUUCACUAAGCCAGCUGGACUCAUUAUCAAUGAAGCAAUACCUAUUUCUGCUUUAGCCUCCUAUGUGUUACUCCACAAAGCUUAAACAAGAACUGAAGCAAAUCCCAAAGGUGAUUUUUUUUUUUGCCUUAUUUAUCUCCUAAAACUUGAGAAAUGCAUGUUAGUGAUUCACAUCCACAGGAUAAAAACUCAAGGAGAAGUGAGGGCCAGCAUGGUCUUGGCUAUUGUUGUUGUCACACAUUUCCUCUGAGAGUCAGUAGGACAGACCUGGGGCUGGGACUGGGCACAUGGACUCAUUUUAGGAAUCAUAGGGGGGUGUCUGACUAUUAAUCACUUAUACAGUUUAGAACAUCUACUGUAUAUCAGCUUUUAAUGCUAGCCUUUAUUUCAUUUUAUAGUCUUAUUUUCCUUCUGCAUGCUCACAAUACCAAGCUUUAAAUGUAUUUUACUAAAAUUUUAUGAAUAAAAGUUAGCUAAGUUAGAUGAAACUUUCCUUGAAUCUCAGGCAACAGAGAGAGGCUCCAGAUUAUAAAUAUUCCAUUUUCUCAAAGAAGGCUGACAUUCCUCCUUAGGAAAGCAAAUUAAGGAAAAAGUGUUAAUACGUAUUUGUAUUUCUGACUUAAAAAAAAAAAACAGAAUUGAAUUAGGUGGAGUAGCACUAGAAGAGUUUCCCCGUUGUGAAAUGAAAAGUGACAGAUGGAGUUGUUUUGUUUUGUUUUUUUAAUAUGGAAAGCACAGAGCAGUUUUCAUUUAUUUUUCAUUAUAUAGUCAGAAGACUUCUGAAGUUACUUAUCCCUUAAUAAAUGUAUUUAAUACCAUAUUUUUAUAUUAUUAAAUAAGUUUUACUUGUAAGUAUAAUUAUUUUGUUUAUUUGCACCUGUAACAUAUAAAUACUUAUUCAAGAAAAGUUCACAAGUUAAUGUGGUACAUGAAAAUUUUAGGAGACUAUGUGACAAUUAUUUCUAUCAUCUUUGCUUUUUUCUCUAUCUUUUCCUAAAUUUGAUGUAUGAGAUUACUCCUUUUUUAAACAUUCAGCAUUCAGUUAAUUCACCAGUAAUCUGAGAUGUGCCAUCUUUGAAACAAUAAGCUAAAAAGGAAAUAGGUGUGUCAGGAGCCGUGCUAACCACCUCAGGUGCCAUGGCUUCUCAGGUUUAAAAAAAGGAGUGACUGCAUCUUCUUGGAUGUUUUAGCUUUGGUUUACCUGAGUCUGAGCCGACUUAUAUUUU